CAGUGGGUUUUAUGGCAGAGCUGGGGGUUUCCAGAGUCUUAGAUUCAGAUUUCCAUGUACAAGGCUUCAGUCACUGCAGUUAAAAGAAUUUCAGAUAGCUGCACUAGGAAAGCUGACAAUGCAUCGAAGAAAUUGCCCUACGAUACUGAGAGGACCGUCGCUAUUAUCACUACCACCUUCUCUGUCAUUAAAAACGUUCUUUCCCUUCCCAAUGCAGAAUGAAUCUGGUCUCAAACGGCUGACCUCUUCUCUGGAAGAUUCAUUGGAAGCAGAACCUACUUGAGGAUAGGAAUUGCCAAUCUUUGACUAAAAAUUCUGAGAAUGCCGUAGGCCUUUUUCAGUGACAACACGAUUUGCGUCUCUGUGCUUGGAGAAACGUUGCCUGUGUCAUAAAAGAGGGUGUGUGCAGAUUGUAGAGAUUGUGCAAAGCCUAAUAAAAUGCUAAAGGAACUGCCAAGUUGACACUGGCUGGAUAAAUAUCUUCUAUUCAGCAUCACUGUUUUAGACUGUUUCCUUCCACUGCACCGAAAAUUGGACUCAGCAUGACUCCUUGGGCAUCAGUCCUCUUCAGCUCUGGAACAGUUGCUUUGCUGUUUGCACUGCUGCUAUUAACUGCCUUUUGGUUUUUUACCCACCCAGAGAAGUCAUCUCUGCGCAUGCCUCCGGGUCCUCCUCCACUCCCCAUCAUUGGCAAUUUGCAUUUGGUAGACCCUACAAGGCAGGAUAUAUCAUUUAUGAAGCUUUCAGAAAUAUAUGGCCCGGUUUUCACGGUUCAUUUGGGUCGACGGAAGGCUGUGGUGCUGGCCGGCCAUGAGGCAGUGAAAGAGGCACUCCUGAGCAAAGACAAUGAAUUCAUAGAAAGGCCUUACAUCCCCAUCUUCUCCCAGAUCCAGCAUGAGAAGGGCAUAUUCUUCUCUGAUGGGGAUUUGUGGAAAACCACCCGUCGAUUCACCUUAUCGUACCUGCGGGAGUUCGGGAUGGGGAAACAGCAAAUGGAAGGGAGGAUUCUCGAAGAGCUCCACUUCCUAACGGAGAUGGUCAACUCCUUUAAAGGUGGAGAGUUUGAAUCAAAGGCUUUUUCUGCUGCACCAACAAACAUCACCUUCACAGUUCUGUUUGGAGACAGGUUUGACUAUGCCAACCCGACCUUCGUCACUCUCCUAAGACUCAUCGGUGAAGUGAUGUCCCUUCUGGGACAACCAUUUUUACAUGUUUUUAAUGCCUACCCAUACCUUGGAUUCCUGUUGAAACCACACAAGAUGAUCUUGAGGAGAAUCGAGGAAACCUGUGCCAUUCUGAAGAAAUACAUCCAGGCUGCCAAGCAAAGUGUCAGCGAGAAUACUGUGGGGAGCUACAUUGACGCAAUGCUGCUCAAGCAGAAAGAAGAGGAAAAAAGCGAAUCCAAGAGCAUAUUCUGUGAUGCCAAUAUACUGGCAUCGGUACUUGACCUUGUCAUGGCCGGGACGGAGACGACGGCCACCACACUGCAGUGGGCCAUUCUGCUGAUGAUGAAAUACCCAGAGAUUCAACGAAAGGUCCAGGAAGAAAUCAAGAGAGUCCUUGGAUCAGAGCGGGGCCCCACCUAUGAAGACAAGAAGCACAUGCCCUUUGCCACAGCCGUGAUCCAUGAGGUGCAGAGAUUUGCUUCCGUCGUGCCGCAGUUCCCGCGCUGCACUGCUGUGGACACCCACUUCCGUGGCUACUUCAUUCCCAAGGGCACGAUGGUGAUCGCCUCUUUCACAUCAGUACUGUAUGACCAAACUCAAUGGGAGACCCCCAACAAGUUUAACCCCAACCACUUUCUGGAUGGAGCAGGAAACUUUGUGGCAAAAGAAGCCUUCGUUCCUUUCUCAAUAGGCCGAAGGAAUUGCGCUGGGGAGAGCCUGGCCAAGAUGGAGCUCUUCCUUUUCUUUGUUGGGCUACUCCAGAAGUUUACCUUCCGACCUCCUCCUGAGAUGACAGAGUCAGACCUGGAUCUCACUGUCAAACCUGCCUUCACUAGGCGACCGCAGCCGUACUCCACCUGCGCUGUGCCCUGUGACUAGACAAGGUGUCUACACAAGAUUUGGUUCGAUGGAUCCAUAUGCAGAAGAGGGAAUCCUUCAUGUCUUUUAUUAUUACUCACCAAUCCAGCUAACCUCUCCUGGCCCCAGUCCCAUGCAUCACAGACACUUCAUUCACCUGGAAAUAUCAUUCACCAACCUCCUCCUCUAACUCACUGUUACAUUUUAUAUGUUUUUAGAUUAUUUAAAUUAUUUUUAUCAUUUUGAACUUUUCAACCUUAAGCUACCCUGAAUUCUUUUUAAUAUAAGGCAGGCUAAAAAUUAGCGUGAGGAGCAGUGAAGAAAGGGAGCUCAGUAUGAACUAGGGACGGGGGAGUUGAUGUUGGCACAUGCCCAUUAGGAGACCCUAAGUGGACACACUUUCUGUCUGGGGGCACUGGUUGUGAACCCCUGGUUUAUCUAGAAAAAGUGCAGACUGUACCUCUUUGGUACCAAUUUCUUCUCUUUGUCUUUCUCUCUACCUGCCACUGGGGAACAUGCAUACAGUUCAGUAUAGCACAGUAAUUCCAUAGGCAGACAUGUGCCAGGUUGAGCCACAUACCAGCCCUCCAAUAUACUGUACAGAAUCUAAUCCAGUUCUAACCCAGUUUUGCUUUUGCUUGUAUCCCCAGCCUCUUUGUACCAUUCCUUGUCCUCUUGUUUCUCUCCACUGCCACCUAGUGCCUCCCUACAUUCAGCUACAGCUGCCCAUCUCCCAAUUGUUUCUUUGUCCUUCCAGCAUGUCAUCCCAGCUGGGUUCAUGAAGUCAGAGGCCUUCAUUUCUCCCAGGCGAUUCACAGAAAACAAGGGCCGAUUCAGUGGAAUGGGGAACCCAAGCAACAAACUCUUCUUAACACACUGCUGAUUAGCCAUAUUUCAGUGCUUCGUACAUGUACAUAUAGCAUACUAUUUCUGUACAGCAAUAGGAUCUCAUUUUGAGCUAGGCCAGGGUAGAUGCACUAGUUAAGCUCACUAGUAGGUUCCUGUCUAUGACUAGCCACAUGAAGUAUACCCAAGAGCGUCUAAUAAUUCUUAGUGCUUUCCUGGUCUUUGUACAUGCAUCUCAAUUGGUCAGACUCCUCGCUCCCAGUAACUAAUGAUAAUAACAUUUAUAGAGUGUUUUACAGUUUGCUUUGCUUUGUAAUCCUUACAGCAGCCUGUCAGGUUAUUGUUGUUGAAUGCCUUAUGGUGACCCUAUGGCAUUUUCUUGGCAAGUGUAAUGAGGCAACACCUGGACUGGGGAGAGUUUAUGAGGCUAAGGGCUCCCAGGUGGCAGAGGUGGGAGGAGAGAGCAGGGAGAUGGUGGAGGCAGAGCCUGGGAGGGGCAGAGACUGGUCCCCAGGGGAUAUAAAAGAGCAAGGGCUGAGGUGCAUGGGGGGGAAAGGACUGGAUGUGGAAGAAUGGUGUGAAGCAGUGGCUGGGGAAGGGAGAGCACAGGUGCAGAGAACUCUCCAAUGGGAUGGUGUGCCAGUCUCUCUGCGUCAGAGCUCACUAAUGUGGUGGAAGGGGUUGCACGAGGAUGUACAACUAUGCAACCCUAGAGAGAAGGGGGAUGUUGCCUAUUCCGACACUGAGGAGUGGGCAACGAAGGCUCUAAAUGAACUAGAGGACGAGUGGGGGGGACCCGAAAGAGGACCAUUGGGAAGUGGGCCCAGAACCGCCUGAGGUAGAGAAGGCGGACCAAGAGUGCCUGGAGAAGUACUUGGGACCCUCUGGUCAGCAGGACAAGGCCGAAGCUUGAAGGACAUACCCCAAGAGCCCCUGCGAACGUAGAGACCAGAAUGGAAGUAGGGUUGUUGUUUAGCUGAGGAAAGCUUUUCUUUGUUUAUUUACUGUGACCUUGGGGGACUGGAAAUUGAGUUGCAUUAAAAGAGUUGCAGAACA